AUGUUUAAAUCUGUCAGUUUGGCCGCCACGGCGGCUUUGAAUGGAGAUGGUGCAGAGGAAUUUGAUACGCAGAGGUGUCUGCAACUGCAAGAAGAAAUCAUAUCGUCCGAGAGACCAGCCGCGGAUAACGAUAUGUCAUUUCCCGUCGUCGCGUCAAGCAAUUUUAGAUAUAAUAUCGACGCGACAAACAAUGAACGUCAUGUUACAGGACAUGGAAAACACCACAAUCAAGCCCAGGAAGUUUUUCAUGAGAUAAGGACCGCCAGAGACUCCGAAAUUAAUGCUCGAGCAUACGGAGAAAGUCCAUUACAUCCAAAUCCUGUACAUAAAUACGAACGAACGAGAGAUGGCCUACCAGUAUUCCCAACAGUAAAGCGAGACAAUGGAAAAAAUUUGAGGCCAUUCGAUAUUAACGGCAACCCAUUUCCCUUGCCUUGUGCCCAAUUAAGAGCAAUGGAGAGCGAGGAAUAUACGCAGAAGAGCAAUUUAUCUUUGACUCAAGAGAAUCCUGAGUCUCUUUACGAAGCCUUAGAAUUGCAAAGGUUAAAAGACCAGGCUGUGCUUGGAACAAAUACCCAAUUUUCUUCAAGCCCACCGAUUCCAUUCGAACGGGAUGAUCUGCCAGGCCCACGAUCAAAUGGCAUAUCAGGAGACCCCAAUUAUACACAUACUGAGUCGACUGCACGUACAUAUGAAGAGAAUGACACGGGGCACAUAAACUUUGAUACAUUUCAACCAGCGUCGGUACCUGAUGAAGGUUAUCUCCAAUCAGAAGAUCCGCCUGCUAUUCAUAGUACUCAAGAUCCUGAGCAAGAAACUCUUCUUGACCCUCAGACUCCGGCUCCGUCGGUCAACCCAUUUUCUGAAAAGGGUAGUGUGAUGAAGCAGCAUGAGCUCUUUGGCGCAACACAACCAUCAUCGAUUGGUCGACUUGGUGGCAGUCCCACUUCCUCCAGGCCAUCGCCUGAUGUUUUUAACGGCUAUCGAUCCUCACAGGAAGUUGAACCCUCACCACUUGUACGACGCUCGGAGGUCGCUAGCGCAACUACCCAACAAUCUGAGCAAUCUCUUGACCGCUCAACAUCUACCGAGACAUCUAUUCCAAUUGAAUCUGCCCCAGUGUCAAAUAAAAUCCAAUCCUUUAAUUCUGCUCUUCGAGAAUUAACGUUGGUACGUGAACCUCAGGAUACAUACAUACCUAUGAAGGAGUCCCAAGAAAGAAGAAACAACUUAAUCGCACGUGAGGUAUCUUCUGGCUCGGACUCGGAUUCUGACAUUGAGGCACUACCUAAGAAGUUCCAAAAAGCAGCGAGAGAGAAAAAGAAGUUACGCGCGCAGACAGCCUUGUCUAGGAGAAGACCAACUCCAUCGGAUAGACCGAAUUCCGCGAAAGAAGUCAAUUCUAUUCCUGUCACAGCUAGUACACACCAAAGGUCAAUUAAUCAUCAGCGCAAGUCUUCAGAAGUGACAUCUUCUCAUACACCCCAAGUCUUCGAGUCAACUCCGAUCGCUGUGGAGGUUCCUGCUAGUGGCCGACGCCGAAGUAUGCAGGAGGACUAUGUAGCCCAGUGUGAAGGCUUUGAUGCACGAGGCACCCAACCAACACAGCAGGACAUGAUUGCUGAUUCCCAAGGUGUUCCUUUGUCAAGCAAUCUUGUUACAAGUUCUCCAGUAUCCGGACCACGAAAUCGAGCGCCAGCCUGCUCUGAUGUUGAAAUGGCAGGGCCGGAAUCAACGAGCUCAUCUCAGAGGCUACCAAGAAAGCUUCAACAGCCUCUCAGCCAGGAUCGAAACCAGCCUUUGGAAAGCAAAAACGUCGUUCAUGCAGAUGAUAUUCAAGAAAACGAUCCUUCUUUACCAGCCCCGUCCGACCAGAAUAUAACUGCAUCACCUAAUGAAGUAUCUGUCAGCGACGUUGUUGAAGGACCUCUCACCCAAAUACAGAAUCCACCCUUGGACGGUGUCGCCUUCACUGUCCCGGAGACUAGUCCAGCUACUGAUAGAUUAAUUCCUAUGACUGAGAUCGCAGAAAUCUCUCUCAGCAUAGCGAAUAAUGAGGAGUUAGAUGACUUGCCAGGAUUUAACAUGGAUGAUGAGUUUAACGAGGUCAUUGGUGUAUCUAGUUAUCAUACCCCGAAACGCCAAUCUCAGUUUCGACCACCGCUAGCUACUACGCCUCAUCCCUUCGAAAUCAUCCCUAACGGUUCUGCUGCUACAGCCUCGUCAGGGCUUUCAUCGGCUCCCAGUACAAUAGAACCUCCGACUCCUGCCGCAAAAGUUGCUUUGACUUCCGCAUUUCGAGAGGUCUCCGAAAGAGAGCUGUCGACUGAGCCUUCUAACUCAAACUUUUCAGCAGAUACUUCCAAGACUGCUCUGGAAGAUGUUUCUUCUCCGUUGGCUUCAAGUGAACAUGAUGCGAAGCUUUCCGAAACAGCCCCGACUGAAGAGGCACAACUUCCACCCACAAAAAGAGAGCAAGAAAGCGUACAUCAAAGAACGCCACGUAAAUCUACUCGAUUCUCGAAGGGCCAAUUCGGAAAGCCGCCUAUCACACAGCAAGAACCAAUAGUUGCUCGAAAUACUAGGCUUUCGAGUGUGUCGUCUACAGUUUCGAAUCCUCUUUCAUAUACUGCUGAGUCAGAUUUGGUAUCUCCAUCCGUUUCUAAUUCUAACUCAAUCACAAGAGGUCGAUCAAGAGGUCGACCGAGAGGCAGUGCUGCUAAUAAGGUCAAGGGAUCAAUCGGAGGAACUGAUUUACCAGCUACGAAAAUACAUCAUACCCGAAGCUCUGUGAGCCCGGAAGAGCAAGAACAUUCCAUUCCAGCACCUCUCUUGAAUCGAAAAUCAAUUCUGCCAUCACAGGCAGAAAGUGAAGAUCCACUGGCACUAUCAACACCGCCUUCAAAACCCUCAUUGGAUAGUAAGAAAUCAAUGGACAGUCUAUUCGAGGGGAUGGCUUUCGCUGUCUCAUACGUGGAUGCAGAUAAAGAUAAACAAGUCGCGAUCCGUUUAAUCAAACAACACGGUGGUCGAAUAUUAGACGACGGAUUCGAAAACCUUGAGAUUGGAGAGGCGGAGCUUGAGAUUGCUUCUUCGGAGGUCAACAUUGGUUUCGUCGCCCUAAUUGCGGAUGAGCAUUCGAGAAAGGCCAAAUACAUGCAAGCGUUGGCUCUUGGACUCCCAUGUAUCUCAGGACGAUGGAUUUCUCAUUGUGUUGAAAAAUGCACUAUUAUCGAUUGGCUACCAUAUCUUCUCUCGGCUGGGAACUCUUCAUUCCUAGGUGGAGCUGUGAAAAGUCGAUAUUUACGCCCAUAUUCUGCUUCUAAUGCAAAUCUAAAUGAUACUUUCACUCAGAGAUUAAAACUGCUCGAUGGGAAAUCUAUCUUGAUCGUUACUGGAAAGGGAAAAGCUAGCGAGAAGCGAAAACCCUACACAUUUCUGACUCGUGCUCUUGGCCCAACCCGCCUUGGCCAGGCACAAGAUCUCAAACAAGCAAGAGAAAUGCUUCUCGAUGCAGAGAGCAAAAAUGCCAGCUACGAUUGGCUUUAUGUGGAUAGAAAGCAAGAUGUGGAGGCAGCUGUGUUCGAAAACACCCCAGCAAGCACUUCAGGUGGUGGCCGAAAACGAAAGCGAGCUUCGAUACAGGAAGAGGAUGCUUCAUCACCAUUGCCUAAACGCAUCAGGGUUGUCAAUGAUGAGGUCAUGAUUCAAAGCUUGAUAUUAGGUCAACUUAUUGAGGAUUAA